AUGUAAGUUUAUAAUUCAAGUUUCGAUGAGUUAAUGCUAAAAGCAAAAGAUAAUUCGUCUGAGAAACAAGAAUAUAAAGUAUAUAAAUAAAGGUGGCUCGUAUUAUUGGCAUUUUGUGCAUUUACAUUUUGCAAUGCCUUAGGGUUUGUGCAAUACACUCCUAUUUUAAAAAUGGCAGCCUCCUAUUAUGAUGUAGAUGAGGAUGGCGUGGCUUGGUUUAGCAUUUGUUAUUACAUUACCUAUUUUCUACUUGCGCCAUUUAGUAUUAAACCAAUGGAUAUUAGACUCGAUUACUCUUUGUUUUUGGCUGCAUUUUUAACAUCAUCGGGACAAUGGACUAUAUAUCUGGCUCAUUAAAACUACAUAAUAGCGAUGAUAGGAUUCGUUUUGAUAGGAAUAGGUUAAAUAUUCAUUUUGGCAGCUCCGGCAUAUAUUUCAGACAGAUGGUUUCCGGUUCAUGAGAGAACUGUAUCAACUUGUUUGGGAAGUUUCCUGAAUUUGUUAGGAUUAAACUUUUCAAUUUUCUAUUCUUCCAUCACUUUCGAAAAACUUUUGAAUUAGCAAGAUGAAAUCAUAAAGGAAGUAGAUUUUAUGAAUCUGCUCUACUCUAUAAUGAACACUGUUGCAUUUGUCAUCCACCUUCUCCUCCUUCUUUUUCAGCUGUAAAUAUUUAUGUAAAUUAUUUUGGCCUCAGAAAAAAUGCUUAUAAUGAAAUCAUUCAGAAGGGCUUUUAGGAAUCUUGAAUCUAUUUUGGAUUUAUUUUCAAUGUCCAUGUUUAUCGGGGCUGCUUGGGCCUACAUGGUCGUUGUUGCUAUUCUAUUAGAACCAUUUGGCUAUUCUCAGAAGGAAAUUGGAUAUGUGAGUAUCGUCUAUUGUGCUACAGGUACCAUCGGGGGAACUAUUGCAAGUUUAUAUAUUGAUUAUCAAUUAAAAUUGAACGUCAAGCCUCAUUAUGAUAUCCUCAACAAGGCUUUCAUGACCAUUGGAAUGCUUGGAAUCCUGGUCAAAGUCCUGCUGAUAGAUGUAGUCAAUGAUACUUGGAUAAUCAUAUUUUCAGGAGCCAUUGGUUUUGGUUUGAAUUCAUUUCUGCCAUUAGCUAUCCAAUGCUACGUUGAGAAAAUGUUCCCUUGUUUUGAAUUGGUCUUAACUACAGUAAUGAUCUUCUCGGCUUCAUUUUGA